AUGGUGACACAACCGAUAGAACGAGUCAGUUUUGAUACUCGAGACAGCGGUGUCUACUUCGUCAAGUUUGGCGAGAAUAUGUUGGCAGCUUACGACAGCGAUCCGUUCACUCGGCCCAUCGUUUGGGAGGUUUCUGCUUCACCUAAUUCUGUUGCCGUGACUCGAGCUACACUGGAGCGAUUCAACCGUGUUGCUCCUGAAACCCAGAAUCUGAUCGGCAUAUACAAAUCUCAGCUCGUGUUUCUUAACAAUGACGGCUGGAUCUGUUCAAUGUCGAUCGAAGAUCAAGUCUCAGACAAACCGUACACACGCCACUUCCCAGUGCCACACUGCUGGCGGAGCUCGAGCCACCGCAUAAGAGCUCUGGUGACUCCUAGAGGCGACGUUGUCAUUGUGAAGAGCGACGGGCUUGCAAUUGUCCAAAGGAGUUUGAAUUUAUGA